CCUACCCGCCAACCCUGCCGCCUUUAACACACGCGUAACUAACUGCCUAAGACGACGCAGCUAGAGAGAACAGUAGGUAUGCUUUGGCACCGAGGCACUUUGAAUGGCCCAUGGCAUGAGCAACUUCAGAAGCCACAGUCUGCAGACGUAUUCUGAUCAGCCUUUCACAGGAGUGCGAUUCAAUCUCUCUUCACAAUCCAGGACUUUCUCUGCCAGUUUCUCGGUUUAAAUGACAGCCAUGGCAGCAUCGGUGGUCCAGACCACCAUCAAGACCAAGGUCUCGCCAGGCCUGGAGUCUCUGACUGUCGUGGGGUCCCCUCGGGCGUUGUUCCGCCCCCUGGGCCUUCUCCGCCUGCUGCAGCUGUUUUCUACCUGUUUGGCUUUCUCACUAGUGGCCUACAAGGGGGCCUGGAUGGGCGCCAUGGCCAACUGGUGCAUGUUCUCCUGGUGCUUCUGUUUCUCCAUGACCCUGCUAGUCCUCAUCCUGGAGUUGGGUGGAUUCCAGAGCCGCUUCCCCCUGUCCUGGCUGGAUUUCCCCAUCACCUGCGCCUCCUAUGGAGUUCUCUUCUGCCUGUCGUCUUCCAUCAUCUACCCUAUCACCUGUGUGCGGUUUAUGGCUCACGGGUCUGCCAGAAAAAACGCCGUCAGCGCCACAAUCUUCUCCUGCAUCGCUUGUGUGGCUUAUAUAACAGAAGUGGCCUGGACUCAUACAAGGCCUGGUGUGAUGACUGGCUAUAUGGCCACUGUGUCCGGGCAGCUCAAGGUCUUGGAGUCCUUCGUAGCCUGUGUUAUCUUCAUCUUCAUCAGCAACCCACACCUGUACAUACAUGAACCUGCUCUGGAGUGGUGCCUGGCCGUGUAUGCCACAUGCUUCGUCCUAACCAUGGUGAUCAUCCUGCUGAACCUGGGGAAUUGCAACAACAUCGUGCCCAUCCCGCCCCCCACCUUCUUGACCGGCAUCGCCUUCCUGUCUGUCCUCAUGUACACUACCGCCGUCGUCCUCUGGCCUCUCUACCAGUUCAGUGAGGCAUCUCCAGGCCAGGCCCAAAGAACCAUGGAUGCGACCUGUCAGUACACACGUCCCCACUCAGUGUGUGCCUGGGAUCGCCACCUGGUAGUGACGAUCUUGACUGGUAUCAACCUGCUGACGUAUAUCGCUGAUUUUAUUCACUCUGGCUAGCUGGUGUUUGUCAAGGUCUAAGGUUUCCAAGGGGUCCUGUGUGGCAUGUCCCUGCGGCAAAGUCUCCAUUCUUCUUGCCCUGUUUUCUCCUGUCCCCUCUUCUUUAUACCUUCUAUCGGAUUUGCUGUUCUUUUUCCGGUUUAUUUCCCACCAUCCUGCUUUGCCCCUGAGCUGUGUCUCCAUAGCCUUCCGCUUUCACACUUUUGCUUGUCCAAUCUACGUUUUUCUAUGAGUUUCCCCGUCUCUUUGUUUCCUGGUUAUAUCUUUCUCUUUCCUGAAAAGCCCUCAGACUCCUUACUGUGUCUAUCCACUACUUCCACCACUAAAGGAGUUGGCUGCACAUAUCCCAGACUCCUUUGCAGCUCUUCAUACCAGGUACCUCUUGCCAAACCAUGAGGAAAUGCUGUUUUAAGUUUUCAGGUUUCUUAUUUAAGCACUGUUAUUCUUUCCUUAUACGUGUCAUGUUCCCUCAGUUAGUACGUAAUUUUUAUUUCUAACCCUAAACAUUAUCACAUGUCAGUCUCUGACUCUCUGUCUGGAAUUCCUCUUUGCUUGAUUAAUUACUAUGGUGUGGGUUUGAUCUCAGAUUUAAUAUCUCAAGUCUUACUGAUCCCACAUACACAAUACCAAAGCAUAUUUUAUUUCAUGUGCUCAUCUGGACACCAUUAUCUACUACACAGAAAGUUGUUAAUAAAUAUAAAUCGAAAUCAACGUACUUAUUUUAAAAGUCCAAAAUAUAACAUCCAUACAAUUUAUGUAAACAUAAAGCUAAUAGUAGCUUUUAAUAAAAGCCAAUAUAUUUUGACUUAAGAUAAGAAA